CAGGAAAAUAGUUUCAAUAUUCCAUUUUCUUAACAUUUCUGCCGAAAAAUUCCUUUAAAACCUAAUUAAUAUCACUUUGUGUUCUAAAAAAUUGCUGAAGCUGACUAAAAGCCCUUAGAUAUAGUUGCAAAACAAAAGCUAAAACGUAUCAAAAAAAUUUCGGUGCCAAAAAUUUUCGAAAAUAAAUUUAUGAAACACAAAAUCUAAAACUAUAACAAUCAGUUUUGUUACCUGAAUUGUCUGAUUAAAUUACGCACCGUUCUUAAAAAUUAGUGUCUGCCUCUUGUUAUUUGUGUGAGAAACCUAACAAAUGUAAAAUAAGCAUUAAAAAUGUACGAUGGACUCACCCGAACCGGUUAAGACGCAUUAUGUGCGUUGUUUGAAAUGCAACAAAAUUCUCGAGUGUUCACGUUACGACACCAACGCGUUGCUCGAACACAUACGCACCGAUCAUCCCGAAAUAGAAAUCACUGAAAACGGUAAAAACGAUAUGCCACAUAACGGUCAAAAGUCGAUGCGCGAAGCAGCUGGCAACAUCGUCGUGCCGCACGAGACGCUCGACGAUAAGGCACCUACCAUGUUUGAACGCGGAGCCGCCAAACGCUCGGAUGACUAUGACGACUUCAAGCCACGUUCCACAUCUUCGCGCGAACGCAUGCGCAUACGCUCGCAACGCGUUGAUAAUACAGUGAAACGUGAUAUAUCCGAUUGUGAUGUGCGUGCUGAUCAGAGUAAUGGCACAAGCCAUGCCUACACCCGUCGCUACACGGUGCACACGCCCUCUUCGCCGACAUACAACGAGAAGCCCAGUCGCAGCCUCUAUCGCACUUCGAUUGAGAAGUGGCGUCCGGCCAACGGUACCAUCUAUUGUCCCAAAUGCGGCGCCAAUCGUCGCCCGCUCAUACGCACACAAACCGAACGCAGCUCGAACAAUUCCUGUUGCGCCGCCUGCAUACUCGGCUGUUGGCCCUUCUGCUUUUUGCCCUUUUUGCUGCCCAACGACAAUAAGGAGUAUCUGCAUUGUUCGAAUUGCAAGACCUUCCUGGGUUUGUAUGAUCGCUCCAACAAUUGUGUGAAGCCGAAUCGUGAGUAUUGUCAAACAGAGGAGACGGUCAUAAAGGAGUCUGAUUUGCGUGCGUCGGCCGGUGAUGACAAAGAACGGCAAGGUUGCCUGUGUUAAUGCCUGACCUUUGCUUAUCAUAAAUUCUGUAACAAAUUUUUUUUAUUUGGUAAUAUUUUGUACGCGAGCUUUUGUAUAUGCUUUAAGCUUUUUCGUACACAAUAACUUUAACUGAGAAUAUGUAUUCGGUUUAUUUUGGAUAGUACCAGUACACGAACCCUAUCGAAAGUUUUGUAGCUUUAAAGCUUUUGAAGCUUUUUUUGAUAAAUUUGCAACUUUUCUUAUAUAUAUAUAUAUGUCCGGGUUAUUUAAUGGUGUGGUAGGUCUGCACAUAUACUGUUUUUGUUAAUCACGAUUGGCUUUUGAAUAAAGAAAUAACUUAUAUUA